GAGUAGCGGAAGUGGCCCGUCCCCUUCCUCUCCCGAGCCAAAGGCUCGGCGAAGCUUCUGGGGAUUUCUCUGGCGCGGGGGAUUGUGGGGUUGCUGGGCGGCCCCGACGCGGAGAAGAGAGAAGGUGUAGCGGGCCACUAAACGAACUUCCAAAAUGAUGCCCACACCAGUUAUCCUGUUGAAAGAGGGGACUGAUAGCUCCCAAGGCAUCCCCCAGCUUGUAAGUAACAUCAGUGCCUGCCAGGUGAUUGCAGAAGCUGUAAGAACCACCCUGGGCCCUCGUGGCAUGGACAAGCUGAUCGUAGAUGGCCGAGGCAAAGCAACGAUUUCUAAUGAUGGGGCCACAAUUCUGAAACUCCUUGAUGUUGUCCAUCCUGCAGCAAAGACGUUAGUGGACAUUGCCAAGUCCCAAGAUGCUGAGGUCGGUGACGGCACCACCUCAGUGACCCUGCUGGCUGCAGAGUUUCUGAAGCAGGUGAAACCCUAUGUGGAGGAAGGUUUGCACCCACAGAUCAUCAUCCGAGCUUUCCGCACUGCCACCCAGUUGGCAGUUAACAAGAUCAAAGAGAUUGCUGUGACCGUGAAGAAGGAAGACAAAGUGGAGCAGAGGAAGCUGCUGGAGAAGUGUGCCAUGACCGCUCUGAGCUCCAAGCUGAUUUCCCAGCAGAAAGCCUUCUUCGCUAAGAUGGUGGUGGAUGCAGUGAUGAUGCUCGAUGAUCUGUUGCAGCUUAAAAUGAUUGGAAUCAAAAAGGUGCAGGGUGGUGCCCUAGAGGAGUCCCAGCUAGUAGCUGGCGUCGCGUUCAAGAAGACUUUCUCUUACGCUGGGUUUGAAAUGCAACCCAAAAAGUACAAUAAUCCAAUGAUUGCCCUUUUAAAUGUUGAGCUUGAGCUGAAAGCUGAGAAAGAUAAUGCUGAAAUCAGAGUCCACACAGUUGAGGAUUAUCAGGCAAUUGUUGAUGCUGAGUGGAACAUUCUCUAUGACAAGUUAGAGAGGAUCCAUCACUCCGGAGCCAAAGUCGUCUUGUCCAAACUCCCCAUCGGGGAUGUGGCCACCCAGUACUUUGCUGACAGGGACAUGUUCUGUGCUGGCCGAGUGCCAGAGGAGGAUCUGAAGAGGACAAUGAUGGCCUGUGGAGGCUCCAUCCAGACCAGUGUGAAUGCUCUGUCAGCAGAUGUGCUGGGCCGCUGCCAGGUCUUUGAAGAGACCCAGAUUGGGGGCGAGAGGUAUAAUUUCUUCACUGGCUGCCCCAAGGCCAAGACUUGUACUAUCAUCCUCCGUGGUGGUGCUGAGCAGUUCAUGGAGGAGACGGAGCGGUCCCUGCACGACGCCAUCAUGAUUGUCAGGAGGGCCAUCAAGAACGAUUCAGUGGUGGCUGGUGGCGGGGCCAUUGAGAUGGAGCUCUCCAAGUACCUGCGGGAUUACUCAAGGACCGUUCCAGGAAAACAGCAGCUGUUAAUUGGGGCAUAUGCCAAGGCCUUGGAAAUUAUCCCACGCCAGCUGUGUGACAAUGCUGGCUUUGAUGCCACAAACAUCCUCAACAAGCUGCGAGCUCGGCAUGCUCAGGGGGGCAUGUGGUAUGGAGUGGACAUCAACAACGAGGACAUUGCUGACAACUUUGAGGCCUUCGUGUGGGAGCCAGCUAUGGUGCGCAUCAAUGCCCUGACCGCAGCCUCUGAGGCUGCCUGCCUUAUCGUGUCGGUAGAUGAAACCAUCAAAAACCCUCGCUCAACGGUGGACGCUCCCCCAGCUGCGGGCCGGGGCCGGGGCCGGGGCCGCCCCCACUGAGAGGCACCCGGUCCCUCAUGAGUGGCCGGCAGGCUGGCUGCAGGGUAUGCUUACUCUCCCCGUCUUGGUUAGUUGGUAUUACAAGGAAGGGGUCGUAAUUGGCCCACUCUGUUCUCACUGAGGUUAUUUAAAUAAACUUAAGACUUAGAAUUCACUUUGCGAAUUAUUUGGGCACCGGACUUUUACUGCUAAAUGUCUUGACUCCAGCUCAGGAUUUUACUUUCGUAUGUACUCACCUGACAGAUGGAAAAGUUUUCUUCUCUCCUAUCGGACUGAGUCCUCAGCAGCGUCUGGUUUUUAAGGCAGAGGGUCCACUCUGCCAGCAGAGCUCCACCUGAGGGGCCUCCAUCCAGAAGUUUCACUCUGAGCGCUCUCUUAGUCCCAGAAGUAGUUAGGAGAUGUGGAGUCCCUUCCUUUUCUUCUGACAUCAUCUUGUUUAGCCCUGGCCUUGCCCGGCAGUGCUCCGAGGACUUCUGUGGGUUUGAGUCAAUGUAUUCUAUUACGUUGCUUGCUCCUUCCACUUGUAUAUUCUUUUUGGCUCAGUGUCCUGGUCUCUCUUACUCAAGAUCUCUCAGAGGAAUGUAUAAAGAGGCCACAUUCCCUUUAAAUUCUGUAGUGAUUAUCUCAAAAGUCCAUUGAGGAGAGGUGGCUGAAGGAGCACCCACGUGGUCUUCUCUGUUUGACCACCAGUGGUCUUGGGGGUUCCUUUUGCUUUCUUCUGACCAAUGGAGGUUUGCAGUGGCCACCACAGAUCAACUAGAAACCAGCAGGGUUUGACUGCGUUCUUGUUUAUACUAGUCCUCAGAGCUGGCCUGCAGCUAGCUGUAGUUAGUAACUGUUGAAGGUAGAGGUGAGUAACUAUGUCACUUUGAGCCAUGGAAGCUUUUGCUGCCUGCAACUGGAAGGUGAUUAGAAAGAAAGUCUCUUGAGUCUGAUCCCCUCUUGGUUAGAUGGACUCAAAAGCAGGGAUGGGGUGGUGAUCAGGUCCCGACUGUGGAGUCUGACCUCCCUUCUAACUUGAUAGUCUCUGGGUAAACUAAUUUUUCUGAGCCUCAGCUGCUCUACCUUUGUUACGAACAUAAAAGUAGCUGGCUCAGAGUUAUGCUCAUCUACCUGUUUGAUGCUAGAGCCACUCACAAUUUAAGCCUAAGCACCUGGUCUUUUUACUGGCUUUAAAUCUUUCAAGACCUGAGUAAUAAUCAGUGGCGCGACUUCAUUUUGCAAGCUGGGGUAGUCGAGGCCAGUGACGGGCAGUUUGGUCUCUCCCAGGCUAAACCUUAUUGGCUGGCUAGAACUUCCGGCAGAGGUGGCCAAGCCAUUGAGGGACUGGACAGUGCCCGCUGCUCCUUUCGUCCUUGUGCAGGGGUUGUCCUUAAAGAUGGCGUCUCCCAGCUGAAUCAGAAACGACACCCCAAGGUUUUUUGUCUGCAUGCAGACGCUGAGUGAAAUGGGACAGGGAUAGUGACCUGCAUGGCUUUUAGCGACGUCUGCAGUCCUGACAGGUCUUCCUAAUGCUUUAUUCACUCUGUUGAUGCCAUUCAGGUCAUCCAGCCACUUCCUGCCUCAGUGCAGUUUAGCUGCAGAAAGGCUUGGUGACGCAGAUGGACAAAUACGGCCACCUACCAUUUACUUCCCUGGCAGAUAUUCCAGUUUCACCACCUUUUUAUUGGAUACAAAGUCAUAAAUUCUCUGAUGCCCAUGUGAGUCCUUUUAAAUACAUACACUCAGGUACAUUCGGCA